GCCAGUUUCUUGUCUCAUUAUCCGCAUUCGAUCGGCCCUAGAUCUGAAUAUAGCAAUGUCACGCAGCCUACCGUUACUUUUCUGCUGGUAUUUCCGUCCUAUUGCAGACGGAGACACUGGAUACCUGCCCUCCAACGCUCGCAGAAUACUAGCCAGGCCACGCUCAUGAGAAGGCUGAAUAGCUCGGGUGCCUUUCCUUGAUCCACACCCCCCGUCAACUCACUCCCUCUCACGACCUAUUCUAAAGUCUAUACUUUAUUUAUCAAAGACAGGGCUGUGCGAUUACUAUUUUGUGUGGUUUGAUUUCCAUUUUGAGCCAAAGCCAUAGCCUGAGCCUUUACACUUACACCUCUUUCGUAACCAUGUCCGACUUGAGAUAUAUCAUGGACACCACGGACGAUGAGGACCGCGGGAAUGAUAAGUACUCCCCUCGACCUGGUGCUUCCGACUUGGCUCGUAGUUCCAAUCCUUCCUCCACGACUAAACAAAGUGAGGAUAAGCUCCCAUCAUCUACUACUGACACGACCACAUCCCAACCAAGACGACGUGGUCUAUUGAGUCGAUCUUCCAGAUCUACAACGACCGUGUCGCCCACAACGACAACGGUGAAGACAGAUAAAGCAUCAUCAUCCCGCCCCUCCUUGACGGAAAGAGAAAGCGCUGGUAGUACUGAGUCGAUGGAUCCUGCUAGCUACGGAAGUUAUAACCAAAGCUCAUCGUCGUCAACAAUGCCUCCGUCUGGUCGAUCGAGUAUAGCCUCCAGGCCAAUGUCGAGUGCCCCAGGAGAAAGAGAGAUCCCUGUCAAGCUGACCCCAAUCACUGGACGUGUAAGCCGAGCCAAGAAGGGCGUGCCAGUUCACACAUGCGACAUAUGCAAACCACCCAAGACAUUCACGCGAGCGGAACACCUCAGACGACAUCAAUUGAGUCACAAGCCUGCUGCUUUUCAAUGUCCCUGGCAUGGCUGUGAUAAAGUUUUUCACAGGCAGGACUUGCUUACACGCCACACUCAGAGACAUGAACAAGAUGAUAGAUCAGGGACGGAUAUGGCAAGUCAUGGAAGUCGUGGACCGUCUCAUACUCCAGUAGACAGCAACCCGUCUAUCAACAGCUUCCCGCAAGCUCCUAUGCUACCCGGAACUAGUGUGGCAAUAGCAGAUGACAUGUCCGCGAACACGCCUUAUCCUGGCAGUGCGUCGCCUUACCCAACGAGCCACCGCGGCAGCGUUUCGGGGCCAAUGUCGCCUUCUUCACGCUCUACUCGGUCCCAUUCAACUGGCUUCUCGCACUCGCAGGGUGAUUACAUCUUAUCAUCUGCUGCUCAUGCUCCCUUCGGGAUUCCCCCUUCAAGUAUGGAUGGUUCUCUUUUUCACACUAACUCUUACGGGCUGGAAUUUCAACCGCGAAAGUCCCCAUCAUAUACUUCCUACAUGGGCUUGGAGGGCCUCCCUAGCUUGACAAUACCUGACAGUAGUUUUCCAGGUCAUCUAUCUCAGGAGUCAAACUGGCCCUCCUCGGCCUCUGAUAGUCCAUAUUCAACACCUGACAGAAUGCGGCACUAUGAUUCGCCAAGCGCAGAUAUCCCCAAUUCCGACAUGUAUUACGUUCCUCAUCAGUAUCCUUCGCCUCAGCCACCUAUCUAUCACCCGGUAUCAGACUACACCACCCCUUACGAUGAUGCCUAUUUCGAUUAUCCAUCACACCAAUUUCCUGUUCGUAGCCAGACCCCAUCGACCGUUACGAUUUCCGCUCAACCGGUUGAAAAUUUAGUCACCCUUGGCCACUCAGUACCGGACGCCUCGGCGAUACUAGGUCGUCAAAAAAGGGCGGCAGAAGUAUUAAGUCCAUAUGCCGAUGCCGCCCUUUUUGCGUCCGUGUUCCCGUCGACGGCUGCACUGAGCGCCAUCCCCCAUUACCUCGAGGUAUACUGGAAGGGCUUUGACACCUUCUUUCCAAUCGUUCACCGCCGCAGCUUAGAGACCUGUACCGAUCCCGUACUGCGGUGUGCUAUGGCCGCCGUAGGGAGUCAGUUUCUCCAAAGCAAGGAGGAUCGCCUGAACAGCCAUAUCUUACAUGGCUUUGCUUCGCAAGAAGCCCGACGUCGUCCUCAGUGGAGCGUCCAAGUCAUGCAGGCGAUCCUUCUGUGCGAGUUCUACGGUCGGUUUAGAGGAGCGAAAGCAACAUCCCGAGCGUCAGAGCCCUUCCAGUCGCUAUACUCAAGAGUGGCCGCCUCUGAAACAUCAUUUGAUCACGACAACUCUGCUAGCACCAGCCCUCAACACUGGGACGAAUGGAUUAAUGCCGAAUCUCGCCGGAGACUUCUUGCUGCCUCUUUCAUUCUUGACAUACACACAUCUAUGUACCAUGAGCACUCCGUUUUUCAUCCUUUCGCUACUGCCACCCCCCCUAUACCCCUAAUGAAACACACUCAGCAUCUUUGGACGGCCCAGGACCCAGCAGCAUGGGAGGAACUACUAAGCUCAGAACCAUCUCAACUUGGUUCUAUAACAGUGGCAGAUGAAGAAAUUACUGCCAACCACGUUUCCACAGCCCUCCCCAUGGACCUAGCGGUGUACCUGGCCUCGGAGGCACUCCGCCUCCCACGUCGCUCGCUCCCUUCAACCGUGGACUUCUCGACGUCACGUUUAGAUCUCGACUCAACGCUACGGAUACGUAGUUUAUUCCCUAACUCACCAGUCGCCAACACCUACUUAGCUCUACACUAUACCCCUCUCAAUGACUUGCUCGCCGCCACCGGGGACAGCUGGCUAUUUUCGAAAAAGAUCCUCGACCAGGAAGUUUUCCAACGGCGCAAAUUGAUCGUCAGACACUGGAGUGGCAGUGCUCACGCAGGGGCUGCUUCGACAUUCGCCGCCAAGGCCCUCCUGGGCUUCCUCGAUCGUUCGUCUCAGAACCAAUCCCCCUCUCCCAUGGAGCAAAGCCGACAAAUAUCCGAACUAUCAGACUACUGGGCCCUGUAUGUCUGCACACUCAUCUGUUGGUCUAUCAACCGCACAAAGGGGCGGGAUGCGUCUGCGUAUCAUAGUAACUCGACGUCUGGGAAAUCCGAGAGCGACGCUAGAAGAUGGCUGAAGACCGUGGCGAGCCUGGAUCCCGAGACGGCUAUCGAUAACGUGCGGGCGCGGCGGGAAGCCCUCGGCGUCGUUGCGAUGGUGCGCAGGCGACUCGAGCACGAGAGCAGCGGGGGCAAGAGCAAGCUGCUUGUCGAUGCUAUUCGCGUGCUCAAGUCUCUUGAAGAUGAUCCCAACAGGGCGCGUUUCUAGUUAGGAAAGGAGGUGCUUUGUUUCAUUUCUUUCCUUAUGACCCUUAUUUCCAUUUCUCACUUUUUGUAUUUUCAUUUCAUUACUCUGUCUGACUAGUUAUCUUUUCUUUCUCGGUUCAUUUUUCUUCAUCUCGUUUUCCUACAUUUAAUCCAUGAUCUACUUACUCAUUACAGCAUAUAUAUAGACGCAUGAGGGGAGCGGAUACACAAACUGUAACACUAUUUUUUUUUCUUUCCAUAACGUAUACAUUCCAUGGGAAAGGGGGUCGGUCGGUCAGGUUAUGAUCAAGAGACACACGUACGCAUUGGACUACUAUCGAGCGAGGGCGUUUACUAUUCCAUUCCUUAUUUCUUCUCUUCUUCUUUCUACUUUCUCUCCAUGCUUUCUUCAUCUACAGCGGGCAUGAGACGACGACAGGAACGAUGUAUGAUAGUGUUUCGAUUCUACAUUCUCUUUUUUUUUUUUUUUU